AUGAGGCAUAUCUACUCCAAUGCAGAACUAGUUAAUGCAUGGCUUGGCCAUGCUGAUCCUGAUACAGCCGCCUCUGCAGCUGGAAUCAUUUCAACCCUGGCUAACCCGAAACCUCUUCUUUAUGAGAAAGAUGUCUUCCCUGAGGACCACGAACUGCUCGAUCUGGGUCUGCCAACACGAGAUUCACCUACCUGGGACGCCUUGAACACAAUGCUUAGGGCGCCGUACUUUUCAAGAGUCUGUAUCAUACAAGAAGUCGCAGUCGCUUCUGAUUUUGCGCUGCUUUGGGGAGACAUCACCAUCUCCAAACAAGAGCUCAAGAAGUUCAGCAUAGCCGCUCUCUACUACAAACUCUCUGGCGUAGACGUUGAAAAGGGCUCACCAGGCGUGUCGUGGAACCCAGUCGCCCUCUUGUACGUGGGACACUACAAAGUUGGGGACCACAGCCUCUUGCAUCUGGUCUCGUCAACAUCGUCUAUUAAUGCGACAGACGCACGGGACAAGAUCUUUGCAUUGAUAGGACUCGCUGGCGAUCGAUCCUACGGCAUGGUGCCGGACUAUAAUAGGAGUGAGUCGGAGGUUUUCUCAGAAUUUGCUCGUUUGACGAUAGUGGCGGAAAACAAUUUGAACAUUCUCGAUCAUUCGUAUGUGAAGGAUCCUGAGGACACAGAACGCCGUCCUCUGUGGGCACCGAGAUGGCACUCUGACGAUGAUUCGCAUAAUUACUACUUGAUCAACUACCAUUUUACUGCCUCACGAGAUGUCCCGAUGGUGUUGGUUCCAUCAAGGAACGAAAAGGUACUGAGCCUGAGAGGUAUCCAGGUGGAUUCAAUUAGAGCCAUGUGUGAUAGGGGAACCGUUAUACACCGAGAUAUUACCGCUAUCGUAGACAUGAUCACACGUAACAAGGAAGUUUUCAACGAAAGAUACGGCUUAGAUAUCAUCCGAACGAUCCUCUUAACGAUGAUGGCCAGCCAUGAGAGCUCUGGCCCUAUGAUCAACAACGCCAUAACCCGUCUCACCAACGACGGGUAUAUCAAUAAUUUCAUAGCCUUUGCUCUGCAAUUCACAAUCCAAACUCACAUCUCUCGAGACGGCAGAGAAUCCGAUCAGAGAAACUACGUCGACCUCGUGAGACUCGCUGCAAAUGAUAUUUCCCUUCCGGUAGAGCCAUGCUGGACAUCACCUGAGGAUUUCGAAUUCUUGGAAAGAAUGCUGAAAGCUCUUUAUCCGCAUGAUCCGUCGGCUGUAGCUGCUGAUUUGGAUAUGCUCAGCAAGAUCGACUGCGAUUUUGUCAUGGCGGCGCAGCGGUUAGUAGAGUUGAUUCGGAUUUCUCAUGGUAGCAAGAUGUUUGUUACGGAAACGGGCUACCUUGGUUUCGGACCGCGCUGCAUGAGACCUGGAGAUAUAGUCUGUGUUCUGUUUGGAGGCAGGACACCAUCUGUCUUGAGACCAAAAGCGGUUGCAGAUGAACAUUUAUUUCUUGGGCCAGCUUAUGUACAUGAGCUCAUGAAUGGCGAGGUUAUUGAUGCUUGGGAGAAAGGCAACCGGACUGAAAGCCAAGAGGUGCAAGAGAAGCUUUUCAAACUUUUGUAA